UGGGUUCGUCCUUUACCGGAAGGCGUCUUGUGUUUACUGCAGCUCAGCCCUUAGCAUCUGUGGACUUUACAAACAACAAACACAAAUUAUAGUCUGUUUGUCGACACUUCAAUAUUUUGUAAAUUGUUUAUUCAAAUUCGUGUUAUAUCACGGAUAGCAUGAUGGUUUGGAGGCGGAAAGGCUGUCGACGGGCUGGCUAACACUGCGACGAAGUUAGCCAGCGCGGCGACACCACCAGGCAGCUAGCUCUUCUUAGCCGUUGGCUGCCGCUCUGGUUUAUGCCCCUGUGGACCCCGCAUUGAGCCGCUGGCCAGGAAGAAGCUCGGCCAUGGGCGCGGAGAGUAGCGCGGUGCGGGGCUGCACGCGUCUGGGGGAGCCGCUGCUGACUCUCUCCUCCGGGCUCACCAUGUACUCGGCGGUCCUCCAGGAUGGAAAACCCGCCUCGGUGUUUGUUCACAAGCGGGGCAACGAAGACCAGGUUAAUAAAGCUGCUAAGCAUCUGAAGACACUGCGGCACCCGUGUCUUCUGCGUUUCCUAUCCUGCUCGGUGCAGGAUGGCGGCAUCCAUCUGGUAACAGAACAUGUGCAGCCCCUGGAGCUGCUUCUAGACCGUCUAUCUGCAGAGGAAAUAUGUGCAGGCAUCUUUGACAUCCUGCAGGCACUCGUCUUUUUACACGAAAGGGGGAAACUGAGCCACAACAACGUCUGUAUUUCAUCUGUGUUUGUCAGUGAAGACGGUCAUUGGAAACUGGGAGGGAUGGAGACGGUAUGCAAGUUCUCUGAAGCAACUCCUGAGUUUCUCAUCAGCAUCCAGAAUGCCAGAGAGGCCACCUUUGUUCCUCCAGAAGAGCAAACUGAGGACUUUAAAACCCUUCCGGACCAACAUGCUCAUUCUCGGGACUGUUAUUCGUUUGGAAUGAUGGUGGAGGCUCUUAUCCCUCUCCUAAAUGAUCAUGUGUCACAGGAGCUGUUUGACAGUCUGACUAAAACUCUGCAGGCCAACCUGCUGACCUCUGACCCCUUGGCUCGUCCUCCUCUCAGCUCUUUGCUGAGUCAUGACUUUUUUAGGAAUGACUUUCUGGAAGUGAUGAAUUUUCUGAAGAGUCUAACCUUGAAAACGGAGGAGGAGAAAAAUGAGUUUUUUAAGUUUCUUCUCGACCGUGUCCAGACCCUUCCAGAGGAACUGAUAGCUACUCGUCUUGUUCCCAAACUUCUAAACACGCUUGUUUUUGCAGAACCCACAGCAGUCAAGAGCUUCCUUCCUCAUCUUCUAAGGCCAAAGAAGGAUCCCAGCCGUGGUGAAGAUUGCCUGCUGUCUGUGUCCCUUUACCGUAAACACGUGAUUCCUCAGCUUCUAAAACUGUACAAAGUCAACGAGGAACAUGUUCGGAUUGUGCUGUUGGCUCACAUCCACAUCUAUGCUGAGUUCUUCUCUGAUGAUGAACUCAAAAACCAGAUCCUACCUCAGAUUUUGUUAGGAAUGAAAGACACCAGUGACUCUCUGGUUGCCAUGACGCUGCAGAGUUUGGCGGUGUUGGUGCCUUUACUGGGUGCUCAAGUGGUCGUAGGUGGAGAGAGAAGCAAGGUCUUUAAACGCACCACGCCCAGUUUUACCAAGUCGACGGAAGUCACCCCUGAAACGUCUCCUGUCCAUAUAGUUGAGAGCUCCUGUGUUCAGAUGGCUCAGACUUCCAAAGCAUUAAAUUUUAUACCCAGACCAUCAGGAAGUCAGAGUUUGGUCCUCAGUCACAUGGGUAGCUUAGCUGCUACUGCAGAAAAGCUGAUGGCUAUCGCACCAACAUCUGGUGUCAGUCGACAAAUGACUCUGCCUUUGAAUGGCUUCCAUUCGGACCGUGAGAUGGAACCGCUGUCCUUCAGCCCGGCUCAGACCGGCCGACUGGAGAGCGCUAUAGAAGACUGGCCUGACUGGAGUGACCAUGAGGACAGUGAAAGGAGAGGACACUCGGUUCAGAUCCACAUUCAGGCCUCAAAAACUGUCAGUUCAGUGAGGAGCAGGCAUGAAAACACAGAAGAGCCGUGGGACGACUUUGAGGGCACUGAACCCACCUCGGACCUUUCCCCUACAGCACCCUCUACAGACACAGUUGUUCUUAUGGCUCCUAGGGGGAGCACCUCUAAAUCUACUAAACAUGCUCCUGUAGUUAUGAAACUGAGUUCCUCUAAACCCCUCCAACUGACCUCAACACUGCACCAACCAACGCAUGGUAGCAGUGCUUCCUCAUGGGGCAGUGUGUGGGCUCAAAAGAAGACAGACUCUCAGAAAUCAGACAACCCCACAAACCCAGAAACCAAAUCCACAGUACCACAAAAGACCGGUAGAACGGGAGGUCUAGGGGACGAGUUUACCAUCAAAGUGAAGAAAAAGGUAGCGCAAGACCCUGAACUGGAUUUGUUUGCAGACAUGGUGCCGGACAUUAAGUUGUCAUCAAGUCUGCUGCCCCUGGAGGAGAGAAACACUCAGACUUUAGAUACUGACCCAUCUAUCAACACUUUAAUACUUACUUCCAAGUUUGCAGCAGCCAGCCUGCCAGAGAGUGAAACGGACGGCUGGGGAGACGGCGAUGACCUCAACUGGGAGGACGAGAGUGCCUGGUGAUGGUCAACAAACCCCAUCAGGAGCAAAACCUUCAACCACCGGAGGCAUUAAUCCUUGAACCAGAGCUCCACUGAACAGCGAGGUGGAAGUAGAGUCUCAUGUCGCAGAACAAGGAAGGGCUGAACCUAUGUUCUAUUGUGUUCUGUUGAUACCGACAUUUAAUCAUCGCUGUUUGAGAACGGGACAGAAAACCACCUGUCCAAUGGUGCUGGACCUGGACAAAAGAAGCCAUUUAUAUUCAUUUGCUAUUAAUCAAGGUGACAAAGAAAAAUGGGGGUGAUUUAUUUUUAUUUUUUUCAUGUGCCAAAUCAGUUACUGGCAUGAAGUUUCAGGUAGAGGUUUCAGCAGGAUUUGUUUCAGAGUAGUUUGAUUUACUAAAAGCUUGCACUUUAAAAGAAUGUGAAAUGGGAAAAACAUAAUUUAUUUGAGCUUUUGGUGGCUGGUGAAAUAAACAUUUUACUGAAUAAAGAG